UCGUCUCAUCUAUUUUAAUUCUAUUGCGAGUUUCGCAGCUAUUUUGACUUUGUGUGGUUGUUGCUGUAUUCUCUGUCUGCGAUGUUCCCUAAACUGAAUUGAAGAUUUUGGUCUAUGUAUUUGACAUUUUCAUAUUGUAACAACACUUGCACUAGAGCAACAAGACGUAUCGGCUCGUUCUUUGACGUGAGUCAAAUCGGAGUUUAAUCGUGUAAAAAGCGUGACGUGUGGAGAAACUGAGAAAGUUGCUGGCACAGCGUGUCUGUGUGGAGUGGCGAGGAGGCAACGACAUCACAGCUAUGGCCGGACCAGCAGCUCCUACUUUGCGCCUCUCAGCCACCGUAGACUAAGAACGCCCUCCUCGCCCCAAAGAGCCUCCCUUUGCAGCCGCGCUCUGGACACCGGCACAGUCGCUUUACACCAUGGCCGAGGGAGGCGGACCGGACUCGUGCUGCUCGGCGGACCUCAACUCCGAUAUUCCAGCCACAUCCACCGAAAACCAAAAACAGAUUAUCGGCUCACUCCUGAAGACCACGUUAAGAAAGGGCGACGAAUGGUAUCUAGUGGACAGUCGCUGGUUCAAACAGUGGAAGAAACAUGUAGGCUUCGACAACUGGGACACAUACAAUGUUGGAGAACGUAGCCUCUAUCCAGGACCGAUUGAUAACUCGGGCCUGUUUGCCGACCAGGACAAACAGGUCCUGAAAGAGCAUCUUAUAGAUGAACUGGACUACGUCCUUGUACCCACGGAGGCGUGGAAUAAGCUCGUCAGCUGGUACAGCUGCCUGGGUGUCCAAAGACCAAUUGUCAGGAAGGUUGUUGAACAUGGCAUGUUUGUCAAAAACUGCAAGGUGGAGGUCUACCUGCUGGAGCUGAACCUCUGCGAGAAUGAUAACAUGGACAAUGUGGUCACUCGACACUUCAGUAAAGCUGACACUAUCGAUACCAUAGAGAAAGAGAUGAGGGCACUAUUCAGUAUUCCACAAGAAAAGGAAACAAGGCUCUGGAACAAAUACAUGAGCAACACCUAUGAGCAGCUGAACAAGCCUGACAGCACUGUACAGGAUGCUGGCCUCUUCCAGGGCCAGGUGCUUGUGAUUGAGCGGAGGAAUGAAGAUGGCACGUGGCCCAGGCAAGCCUCUCAUCCCAAAUCCAGUUCAACCUCAUCUAGGACUUUUACCACCUCCCCAAAACUGUCGUCCAACUUGUCAGCCAGUAUCUCCCCAACAGUCAUCAAUGGAAACAGCAGCUGUGGGGCCGGUUACAUGCUCAACAACAGUUCCACGGCUGGCAGCAGGAAUGAAUUGGGGGGUUAUAAUUCCUACAGCUCCUCCUACAACUAUAGAGAGUCCCAGUCCCAGCCUGGCUUGUGUGGUUUGAGUAAUCUCGGCAACACAUGCUUCAUGAACUCUGCUCUACAGUGCCUGAGCAACGCGUCACCGCUCACCGAAUAUUUUCUCAACGACCAGUAUGAGGCGGAAAUUAACCGAGGCAAUCCGCUGGGAAUGCGGGGCGAGAUUGCGGAGGCCUACGCUGACCUAGUGAAGCAGAUGUGGCUCAGCCACAGCAGUUCUGUUGCCCCACGCACCUUUAAAACCCAGGUUGGGCGCUUUGCUCCCCAGUUUUCAGGCUAUCAGCAGCAGGAUUCCCAAGAGCUAUUGGCCUUUUUGCUUGACGGGCUUCAUGAAGAUCUGAACCGAGUAAAGAAGAAGCCUUAUCUGGCCCAAAGGGAUGCUGAGGGCCGUCCCGAUGAGAUUGUCGCCAUAGAAGCCUGGAAAAACCAUCGCUUACGGAAUGACUCUGUCAUCGUCGACAUCUUUCAUGGCCUCUUCAAAUCCACUCUGGUGUGUCCAGAGUGCUCCAAGGUGUCCGUGACCUUUGACCCCUUCUGCUACCUCACUCUGCCCCUGCCCAUGAAGAUCGACCGAAACAUGGAGGUUGUGCUUGUGCGAUCCGACCCGCAGUCUAGACCCACAAAGUAUCGGGUCGUGGUUCACAAAAUGGGCACGGUGAUGGAGUUGUGCAGCGCUUUGUCCAGACUCUGUGGAAUUCCUCCAGAAAAUAUGGUGGUUGCCGAUGUUUAUAAUCAUAGGUUCCAUAAAAUUUAUAGAAGGGACGAUGGCCUCAACCAAAUUGUGGAUAAAGAUGACAUCUUUGUGUAUGAGGUCCAGGAGGAAGAUAGCGAGACCAUGAACCUGCCAGUCUAUUUUAGGGAGCGACAUUCAAAACACGCUGGAAUCUCCUCCAGCACUAUGCUGUUUGGCCAGCCUUUACUCAUCACUGUGCCUCGGCAAAACCUCAUAGCAGAUGUUCUUUAUGAUAAGAUCCUUCAGAGGAUUGGGCGCUAUGUAAGACUCCCGCAGAGUAUUGGCAGCGAAAGCAGAGCCUCGGCUUCUGCCACCUUUGCGAGCUACAGUCAAGUUCCUGAAUGUUGCACUUCAUCCUGUGCCAACGCCAGUCUUGGUGGCUGCAGCAGUCCCCUGUCAGAGGGGGCCUCCUGCAGUGCCAUCUCCAGUAAUGGCAGCAACCACUCGGGGACUUGCAUUGAAACCAACGGCGUGUAUGAUGGGGAGGAGGAAGAGGAGGCUAUGGACCACCAGGUGACUCCAGAGCCACAGAAUGGCCAGUCCGAAGAGGAGGAAGAUGAGACGUCUGAUUUGGAAAACGGGACUAAAGAGGAUGAAACCAAGGCCACCUCCCUACAGGGCAAGCUCUUUGCCUUCAGCGUUGUGAACUCUUAUGGAACAGCCAACAUCAGUCCUCUGCCUUGUGACGGAAACGUGCUCAAACUUCAUCCACACUCCACUGUGGCUAUUGACUGGGACUCUGACUCCAAGAUGAUGUGCUAUGAUGAACAGGAAGCAGAGGCAUAUGAGAAGCAUGAGAGCAUGCUCCAGCCCCAGAAAAAGAAAGCCACUGUGGCUCUGAGAGAGUGCAUUGAGCUCUUCACAACCAUGGAGACGCUUGGAGCUCAUGAUCCAUGGUAUUGUCCCACGUGCAAAAAACACCAGCAAGCCACUAAAAAGUUUGACCUGUGGUCAUUGCCUCAUAUUCUGGUUGUUCACCUGAAGCGCUUUUCUUACAACAGAUGCUGGAGGGACAAACUGGACACGGUGGUAGAUUUUCCUAUCAGAGAUCUAAACAUGUCAGAGUUUUUAUGUGACCCUAAGGCCGGGCCACAUACGUAUGACCUUGUUGCGGUGUCCAACCAUUAUGGAGGAAUGGGAGGAGGUCAUUACACUGCCUACGGCAAGAAUAAGGUGGACGGAAAGUGGUAUUAUUUUGACGACAGCAGUGUGUCGUCCUCCUCGGAGGACCAGAUUGUGACUAAAGAGGCCUACGUGCUGUUCUAUCAGCGCAGGGAAGAGGAAGACCUCACCAAAACGCAGCCCUCCGCCUCGCUUGGAGGAGACCCCGACGCUGCUGACGACCACAUGGAAUUAAACUGAAUUUAUGAUGGCAAGCAGACACACGGGCGCUUGCUUUCUUGAUAAAGACUAUCAAAGUUAUCCCCACCAUAACAAUACCCACUUUGAUUUAUUUCUACAUUGUCAGCCGACAUGGAAGAACAAUAAGUAAAGGUAGUUAAUUAAGAGGAGAAACUUGGUUGCUCUGGAUGAACAAAAGCUUGUCGCUCACCAUAAAGCAGUAAGAAUAUCUUCUAAAAGCCAAAUACAAAGCUGGUCUCAACCAAAGUGUACCGAGGUAUGUAUGAAAGUCAAUUUUUGAUGAGCGUGCAGUGAGAUUCAACUCCCAAUUUUUAUGGAUAUUAAGCCAAAACAAGCCGCUUGUCCGCCCGCCCGCCCACACACACACACACACAUUCAAUUAUAGUUGUGAUCGUGCUCCAAAAAGCGGCCUUUAGUAUGCAGCUACUGACUUAUAAGGAACCACUUUGACUUCUGUGUGAAUACAUCUACCUGCUUCUGGUGCACGAGCCUGGGCAUACGUGAUCCAUUCACAGAACUGUUUUUGCAAAUGGCUUGUGAUAAAACAUGUACAUGAAUGAAUGCAGCUCUGCAAUGAAAUGGCUACAUUGACGGACAUUUUAAAAAGCACACAGAGUUAGGAGACAUAAAAUAGUGCUUUAUUCAAGAUAAUUGAUCCACCAGGCCAGUCUGCUUAUUUUCAGAAGGAAGCAAGGCUAGCAGCAUCCAGUCAAUGAUUUUACUCCACUGUCCUAGACUGAAUAGAUAUCCGUUUUAGCCAACUCGUCUCUAUAAUAAACAAUUUCAUUAAGUACAGCUAGUGGAUGUUGGAUUGAGCUGCUGAUUAUAAAGCACUGAAGGUUUUAGUAGUGGUGGUUAAAUAACUGGUGGGCGUCACGUAAAGGUCUUGUGCUGGGCAAACACCACCGUUAUCCGUAUGCCACUGACAUGUCAUAUAUAUGUAAUCUUAAUUUAGCAGUUAAAAUAGUGAUUUUUUUUGGGUCACCAAAUCCAAAAGGAUCCAGCAUAGCAGCAGAAAUGUAAAUAAUCCCAUUAUUUUAAAUAGGUGUAAACAUUCUUCUCAUAUUUAUCAUGCUGAUAUCUACAGAAUUUGUUUUUAAAUGGAAACAAUUUGAAGUCAAAGUACAAUAAAGACUGGAUGCCUCAAUGAUAAUGUAUUUUUUUUUUAAAUGUGUUCCCAAAAAUUUACAUCCAAAAGUGGCAGCUCAGUGAGCAUAAGGAUUAAGUCCAAAAGUGUUAUGCCUUUUUUUUUUUUUAAUCUUUUUUUUUUGUCAUACCACCACAGAAAUAAUACAAUGAGCUGUAAACUGUAAUAACUGAACCAUAAACAGCAACAUAGCAAAGGGUUGAACUGCUCACUCAGUGCAAAAUGAACAGUGUGAUUAUCAACUACAUUGUUUACAAGCAGAUAUUUAAGGUGAAUGACAUUGGUCUGAAUACACCUCAAUAUUCCAGUGGGCUUAACUAUAGUGCUCGUGGGUCACAAUUAUUUGAAACUGGUGAGUUAAGAUGUGGCGGCACGGUGGAUCAGCUGGUAAAGGGUUGGCCUCACAGUUCUGAGGACCUGGGUUCAAUCCCGACCCACCUGUGUGGAGUUUGCCCGUGCCUGGGUGGGUUUUCUCCGGGCACGCCAGUUUCCUCCCAGAUCCCAAAAACAUGCAACAUUAAUUGGAAACUAAAUUGCCCUGAGGUGUGAUUGUGAGCGCGACAGUUGUCUGUCACCAUGUGCCCUGCAAUUGGUUGGCGACCAGUUCAGGGUGUCCCCCGCCUCCUGCCCAUUGACAGCUGGAAUAGGCCCCAACACUCCCUGUGACCCUUGUAAGGAUAAGCGGCAAAGAAAAUGGAUGGAUGUAGUUGAGAUGUACUGUAUAUGUAAAAUCUAAUAUGACAGUCAUUUUAUUAAAAAGAAAAAUUAGCCAUUAUCUGACUGGGGAAAAAUAUGAAUCCAAAUAGCUGCAUUUUUAAUCAGUUUUAGGAAAAAACUGCAAGAAAAAAUUACAGAUCUAUUAAGAGGAUACUGUACAUGGUUGGCCACUGAGUGGGCCAACGAAUGGAAGUCAAGAAUGUUCAAAAGUUAAUUAUAAUACUAUGUUCAGUUAGUGAUAGAUUUCAUGACAGACCGUGGUUACUUUAUAUUAUUUGUAUUGGGAAUAUUUGUUUUGAGAUUUAAAUUUGGAAGUCAGCUGGCGUUCCAAAAGAUUUUGUUCAA